CGUGCCCGCUCCGCUCCCGCUCCCCUCUCGCCCAGCCCGGGGCCGCUCCCUCUACAGCCGCCGCCGCCGCGAAGACCCUGAGGCCGUCCGCGCCCACCAUGCGGGCUCAGCUCUGGCUGCUGCAGCUGCUGCUGCUCCGUGGGGUCGCGCGCGCGCUCAGUCCCGCAACACCCGCAGGUCAUGAUGAAGGCCAAGGCCCGGAGUGGACUGCCGAGGGAACCAGGCAAGGCUGGCGUCGGAGAGCUCGAGAGAGUCCCGGGCAGGUGCUGAAGCCAGGCAGGACCCAGCUAAGCCAGGACCUGGGAGGGGCCUCCCUGGCCAUUGACACACUCCCAGACAACAGGACCAAGGUGGUGGAAGACAACCACAACUACUAUGUGUCCCGUGUCUAUGGUCCUGGUGAGCGUCGCAGCCGGGAUCUGUGGGUGGACAUAGCCGUGGCCAACCGGAGCCAUGUGAAGGUCCACAGGAUCCUCUCAAGCUCUCACCGGCAGGCUUCGAGAGUGGUCUUGUCCUUUGAUUUCCCUUUCUACGGGCAUCCUCUGCGGCAGAUCACCAUAGCAACUGGAGGCUUUAUCUUCAUGGGUGACGUGCUCCACCGGAUGCUCACAGCUACUCAGUAUGUGGCGCCCCUGAUGGCCAACUUCAACCCCGGCUACUCCGACAACUCCACAGUUGCUUACUUUGACAAUGGGACAGUCUUUGUGGUUCAGUGGGACCAUGUUUACCUCCAAGGCCGAGAGGACAGGGGCAGCUUCACCUUCCAGGCAGCCCUUCACCAAGAUGGCCGCAUUGUCUUCGGCUACAAAGAGAUCCCUAUGGCUGUCCUGGAAAUCAGCUCUGCCCAGCACCCUGUCAAGGCAGGCCUGUCAGAUGCCUUCAUGAUUCUCAAUUCAUCCCCAGAGGUGCCCGAGUCUCGGAGACGGACCAUUUUCGAAUACCAUCGUGUGGAACUGGACUCCGGCAAGAUCACCAACACAUCGGCUGUGGAGUUCACCCCCUUGCCAACCUGCCUCCAGCAUCGGAGCUGCAACACCUGCAUGUCCUCGAACCUGACCUUCAACUGCAGCUGGUGCCAUGUCCUGCAGAGAUGCUCCAGUGGCUUUGACCGUUACCGCCAGGAGUGGUUGGCCUAUGGCUGUGCCCAGGAGGUGAGAAGUGCAGAGGGCAGGACAUGUGAGGACUUCCAGGAUGAGGGCCACUACUCAGCCUCCCCCGACAGCUCCUUCGGCCCCUUUGAUGGUGACCAUACCACCUCUUCCUCCCUCUUCAUCGACAGUCUCACCACAGAAGAUGACACCAAACUGAAUCCCUACGCAGGAGGCGACGGUCUUCAGGACAACUUGUCCCCAAAGACCAAGGGUCCCCCUGUGCACCUGGGCACCAUCGUGGGCAUCCUGCUGGCUGUGCUCCUGGUAGCGGCCAUCAUCCUAGCUGGGAUUUACAUCAGCGGCCACCCUAACUCCAAUGCUGCGCUCUUCUUCAUCGAGCGGAGACCUCACCACUGGCCGGCCAUGAAGUUCCGAAACCACCCCAACCACUCCACCUACACAGAGGUCGAGCCCUCGGGCCACGAGAAGGAGGGCUUCAUGGAGGCCGAGCAGUGCUGAUUGCAUCCGGCCAGAGACUGGGGAUGGCAUGAGAUGGAGUCACCGCAAAGAGAAGUGAUUUUUUCCUGACUUCCUCUGAGCAGGCCGUGAGCCAGGAAGACAACAGCUUAUGGUGACAAAACCACAGUUUGGUCCUCACACCCCAGAUAAAAGGGGUACACAACCAUGAGGGUUUCUU